ACUGUUCAGCUCAUACCGGAAGCUUUGCUGUCUUCAGUUGCAGCACACUUCUAAGAAAAGCCCAAAGCCAGGAGUUCAACUUAUUUUAAAUGAAUUUCAUGGAUCUGACACAUUUUUCCUGUCUCCGUUGCUGCUGAGGAGGUUUCCUACAGUGUGUCACAGCCGAAGAUUAACAUGUUUUGCUUCCUAACUAACUAACCAGAAACAGAAAUGGAUUUACGAAGCACACCCUAUCGCUCCGAAGUGAUCCGCUGGUCGCCCAAUGACUUGGCUGACUACUUUAGGAGGUUAAACUUCAAGGAUUGCGAGAAAGUUGUGAGGAAACUUAACAUAACUGGACAAAGAUUUCUGAACAUGUCUGAAAAUGAUAUUCAGAAGUUUCCAAAGCUAAAAGUUCCACAGACCUGCAACAGAGAGAAGUAAAACAUCACUCCAGCCUCCUGUUCCCCCACAGAGGCCUGCCCACAGCCCGAUACCAGGAUCAUCUCGAAGCAGAGUCCCGGGG